CAGAUCAGAUCCUCCUCCUCCUCUUCCUCCUCUGUGGUUUCAUUCCGUGUCUCUCUCUCUAUCAGCAGCGGUCUGGAUGCUCGCAGGGACAGAAACAUGGCUGUGAAUCUCGCCAAGAACAGACUGGCCCUGCUGACCGCCUACCAGGACGUCAUUGACGAGACCUCGGACACCGACUGGGCCUUGUACACCUAUGAGGAUGAGAGUAAUGACCUGACACUGGCUGCAUCCGGAGGAGGAGGUCUAGCAGAGAUCACACUGACCUUCGACAACAGCAGUGUGAUGUAUGGCUUCUGCAGCCUGAAGGAGCCCACUGCUGCUCUGCCACGAUACAUCCUCAUCAACUGGGUGGGAGAAGAUGUUCCAGAUGCCAGGAAGUGUGCUUGUGCCAGCCACGUUGCCACCAUUGCAGAUUUCUUCCAGGGUGUGGAGGUUACCGUCAAUGCCAGCAGCCUGGAUGACAUAGAUCCCUCAGCCAUUGGUCAGCGGCUAACUAACGGGACAGCAGUGGUGGCAAGCCCAGUUCUGAACCGCCUGAAAACCAGAGAUGAAGAGCACGGAGAUGUGGGCACGGUGUACCAGAAGACUAAUGCAGAGGUGGAGAUGAAGAAAAUCAAUAGAGAGGAGUUUUGGGAACAAGCCAAGCGUGAAGAGGAGAUGAGGAAGGAGGAGGAGCGAAAGAAGGCAGUGGAGGAGCGGCAGCGCUUCGAGGAGGAGCGGAUGGAGCUGGAGAGGAAGGAGCAGGAGAACAGAGAGAGGAGGUACCGUGAGAGAGAGAGGCAGAUCGAGGAGCACAGGAAGAAGAUGCAGGAGGAAGAGGAGGCCAGAGAGAGGCUGCGGAACCAGACCACCAUAGCGUCUGAACCGAGCAUCGAGGACCUGAACCUGGACAAGAAGGAGUCUGAGGUAGAGGAGGCGAAGGCCAUCAUCGCCCAGCGAUCUGGGAACCCUAGAGAGUUUUUCAAGCAGAAGGAGAGAGCAAUGACCAUCAGCGUGGACACCUCACCCGUCUCCAUCCACAGGACCGGCCGCUUGGACAGCCCGUUCUUGAAGCAGCAGCACAGUCCCAGCAGCCCCAGUACAGCCACCCCUCCCCAGGGCGUGUCGCCCCUCCGCACCCCGCCACAUGCACGCAAGCAGCCCUCUGCUGCAGCCGAUGACAAUGAUGAUGAAGUGAGCAUAGAGCGCAACAUGGCCGCCAUUUCGCCCAUUCCUAAAAUAGUCACUACGCCAAUCAAAGAGGACUUUAACAGGGAGGAGGAAGACCACAGAGAAGAUGAGUGGGAUUCGGUGCCAAAGGAGGAACAGAAACGGCCCGUCCAGGAGUCGACGUCCACCAAGCCUGUGCAGAGCGUCGCGCCGCAGGCCCGUGAACCCUCCGGUGUUUCUGCAUGGGACUCCGGGACAGACAACCUGGUUGACCUGUGGGACAGCAGCUCUGCCCCCACUGUCAACCCCAUCCCCUCCACCCAUUCAUCCAAUCUAGUUGACCUGAUGGGAGACGGUGACGUUCUCCAUGACGACGUCCCACCCAGCAUUGCUGCCGGUAGCGGCAGACCUCAGCCCCUUCUCAGCUUUGACGAGAUGAUGGAUGGGAGUUUCUGCUCGGGCACCAGCGCCGAAGACGACCCCACCAGUCUGGUAGAUGUGACGGGGUCCGACCAGAUGACCCUCAGCUACCAGCAUGCGCUGCAGCACGCUUCUGGGGAGGGGCGGGAUUCGGAUGAUGGGCAGCUGCUGAUGACCAAUGGGGAGACGCUGCUGAAAGAGGGAACUCAGGCAAGUGAGGGCUAUUUCAGCCAAUCACAGGAGGAAGAAUUUGGCCAAUCAGAGGAGUCAUCAGCUAAGCCAGCGCCUGUGUUUUAUAACAAGCCUCCAGAGAUUGACAUCACGUGCUGGGACACGGAUCCUGUGGUUGACGAGGACGAUGACUAACCUGCUGCUCUGACAUCACAGUUGUACCCGGAGGAAGUAGGAACCGAGCUUCAUGAAGAAACAGAUUUCUUUCUUUUCUAAAAAAGAGCAAACAAACAAAAAAAAA